AUGCCUCCUGCGAUCGAGUACGACCCGUUCGAUAUCACCGAUCUCCUGACCGUGCAACCCCUCCCUGAUGAACGGUCAUCCACGUGGAGCGGGUUCCAGUUACGCACAGGGUUGGAAAGUACACAUUUCUAUCUACCACAGACCGAACACAAGGAACUCCCGUUACUGCAACUUGGGACGUUGCACGUUCCCGAGGAUGCUGUCUCUCCGGAAUCCUUAGACCAAUCUUCUCUCUCAGCCUAUGACACCGCAGAAGACAAUAAUAGCGACCACGAAGGGGUGGACGUGUCGAUAACGACUGACCAAGAUGAUGUCUGGAUUCUGCCAGAUGUCAGAGAUUCUGUCCGAACCAAUAAACUCACGAGCUGGGAUCACUUCCUAAAUGAACAUCACAAGGAGCCGUCAAGUUCUUAUCUGGCCGAAGCGGGCGCGAGAGCUUUUGAUGCUGUGCUUGCAAUUGAAAAUCCUGAAGAUCCGCCUAAAGUUGCUCCCGGCGAUGCGUACCUAGAAGCACUCAUCGAGCUUGCGGUAGGUAGAUCUUCUCAAUAUAUGAGAUGGGAUGAUCAGUAUCAAGAGUUUGUUCCGACAGCAAGUCGCUUGACAAUGUCGGGCUACAGUCCUGAACUCGUUGAAGAGUACAGAGACUCGAUCGCCGCCAUGGGGAGAAGUAUGCGAAUAUUGUCUCGGGCUACGUCCAAACACUGCGCCACUCCGAGUUACCUUGCCUUCAGAGCUAUACUCGAGACGAUCCUAGCGGUAAUUCAGCAGUACAUGGAGCGUCAGCGAGCGACGAUUACUUCUCUAUUACAACUUCAAGACGCUGUAGUGGAACCAAAGCAGCUUCUUAGGGGUGUUGAGCAGCUCGAUCGGCUCGUUAGCCAGGACAAUGGCGCAUUCGCAACGCUGGCAGCGUUGCUUGAAGCUGUAGAGACCAUGUCCAUCAGAACCUCGCGGUGUCGCUAUGUCUGGAACACCAUUCUAGCAGCAGUUGCUGGACCUAUGUUGAGUCAAUUGGCUAGUGACCUGGGCCUUCAACUGCCAAAACUCGGCGACGCAAUCACAGGAGACAAAAUGGGAGAACCGGUAUGGCAAGCAAUAUGCUCCCCAGACCUCGCAGCGCUGAUUACAGAGACACGGACUUCGCUAAGGCUGCUGCGUGAAAACUCGGUCCUCACCAUGGAAGAGCUCAGAGCUGGAAAGCAACCACCUCCGAUGCUUACUCUGCAUUUUGAUUGGCAGGCCCUCGAGUCGGCUCACGCCUUGGCUGAGCAGUAUGAAACAACGGCAAGAAAUUCAUCUUUCUCGCGGACGACAGAUGAUGACAGCGCCGCCUUGCCGGACGUGACGACGAAUACUCUUACCAGCAUACCGGACCCGAUGGCCUUCCAGGAUUUCGAUUUCGAUCGUAUAUCUCCUGUACUUUUGCAAGCAGACGAGUUGAUCGAUGAGCGAAUACUGGCAUGCUUUUCUCCCGAAGUGCAACAACAAGCCGAUUAUCCCAUACCAUUUGAUCAAGUCUGGGCUCUGUCGCUUCGUCCUAUCGUUGCAGCACAACAUCGCUUACUUUCGUUCUCUGCGCUGCAGAUUCUCUUCCAGCAGUGUCAAGUACGAACGCACUUCGAUCUCUUGCGGCAAUUCCAGCUGUUUGGCAAUGGCUUGUUCACCGCCCGCGUCAGCGUUGCACUCUUCGACUCGCAACAAUCCAGUGGUGAAGGUCGGAGACGAGAUGGCAAUGUUACAGGCCUUCGGCUACAGAACAGAGAUGCGUGGCCACCAGCCAGUUCCGAGCUUCGGCUUGUGCUUAUGGGCAUUCUAUCUGAGCACAUGCCUAAGCACGUCGGUCCGGAGCUUGAGGAUGCCAUAUCCUUUUCACUGCGAGACUUGCCUGAAGCGGAACUGGAAGCAUGUCGUGACGUUGACUCGAUCUACGCCCUGGACUUCCUGCGGAUGCAAUACCGACCACCAAACACGCUGCUCCAGACAAUUAUCUCACAGGACGGUCUGGAAAAGUACGAUCGUAUCUUCCGCCACACCUUGCGCAUCCUCAGGCUGAAGAGCGUUGCUCAAAUGCUGCUGCGGGAAGUCAGUUGCAGGAACGCCUCGAAGGUGACGCCACAGGAGCACCGCUUCAGGAUAGAGACCCAGCACUUCAUAUCCACGCUGGCAGACUACAGCCACAACAUUGCCAUCGGGUCCCUCUGGGGGUCGUUCGAUCGUGCGCUGGCCGAAUUAGAGCGCAAAAUAUCCCAUGACGACUACGAGGGUGCACUGAAGCUGGGGCGGUCGUUGGAGCACAUCAAGCAGCUACAUGAGCAGACCCUCGACACGAUCCUGCGAGCGUUGUUGCUCAAGGAGAAGCAAUCGAAGGCUCGAAGGUAUAUCGAGCAGCUGUUUGACACCAUUCUGCGCUUUGCAGCCAGUCUGAGGCGGAAGGAUGCUGGGGCUGACGACCGACACGAUACGGCAGAAACGACGAGACGACAUUAUGAAGAUUUUGAGACGUAUCGGUCGGGCUUGAGGGAAGCCCUGCGCGGCGAAGAAGGCGUUCUCGAGCAUUUGCUGCUCCGACUUGAUUGGCGGGGUUGA